UAUUCAGCUGGUGGGGCACUGUACAAAUGCAUCUGACGAACGAUCCAUUUUUAAAUUUAGCAAAGCAUGAGCAUAUUAUAUAAAUUGCCAAAUGUCAUAUACUACGCCUAAUAAAUAUUUUCAGGGGCAGAUAGACAUGUAAAUAGUUCCUGUUUUGAACAAAACAUACGUGCCUAAAGACAAUAACCAAUCAAGGCUGCGAAAUGGAAAGUAUAUGCCAUUUCUUCCGCACGAAUUAUAUUUUGGCAAAUUGUGAGGAUGCCAUUAGAAAAAAGGCAUUUCUGCUGAAUCUCUCACACUACCGGAUGACAGACGUGCCCGAAAUUAUUGAGCAAUGCGAAUCAUUAAUGAAAUUAUUUUUAAACCAAAACAAACUGACCAGAGUACCUGAGAGCAUUGCAAAUCUCCUGCGCCUCCAGGUGCUUACGUUGGAUUAUAAUCAGCUUGAUGAGUUUCCCCAAUGCAUUUGUCGUUUGGUAAGCCUUCGCUUUCUUAAUGUCAGCUGUAACAAGAUUGAACGACUACCGCCGGAAAUCGGCUAUCUGACGUUACUGGAGACAUUUUGGUGCAAUAAUACAGGUCUGCUGGAGCUUCCCGAAGAGAUACGCGGCUGCGAGCAGUUACAAACGUUGGGCGUACGUGGAAAUAAAUUGCAAAAGCUGCCUGAUACGCUGGGGAAUUUAUCCGAGCUGCGCUGGCUAACAGUGGAGAACAAUGAGCUAGCAGAUGUGCCACUCACCGUGGCGCUUCUGGGCCAAUUGGCGCACUUAAAUUUUAAGGGUAACCGCUUGAGACGUGUACCACGCAUGCUUAUGGCAAUGCCAAAGUUAAAGUUCGUCUUUCUCAAUGAGAAUUGUAUCGAUGAAGUGCCGACGCGAGCACAGUUGGAGGAACUGCGUCACAUUCGCAUGUUGAAUUUGUCUAAAAAUCCAAUCAGCGUGAGUGCGGAUCUGCAAAGACUCGCUCACCAUCAAAGUAACAUCUAUGUGGAAAUGGUGCUCAUGGACGAGAAUUCUGCCGACAGUAGUGAUACUAUAAAUACACAGGAGGAGCAGCAGGCGAAUCAGCGGGCCGCUGGGGCUGCCGGCCAAGAACAGGAGCACUCGUCGUCCGAUUGGGAAAAUAGCGUACGGACUAGCCAACUGGAUACCACAGAUGAAAGCACGCUGGAGAACAAUAUUGAGGACCUAAGCGUAAUGUUGCCAGAAAUGGCGCGCUUCGUUACUACUUUUUAAAAUACAAGUAUCAAUCGAACAAAUUUUAAGUAUUAUAACCAUUGGAACUAACGCAAAAUUGUUGUCGUUUAUAAUGUUUAUUCAAGAAGCCUAAUUAUUACCUUUAACAAAUUAAUGUGCCCUUAGAAA